UUGUAAUAAAACGAUCAUAGUCCAAGACACACCUAUCUGUGUACUGACACACCUUCUGCUAUACCAAUGCCUUCAUAGCAACGACAGGACCCAUCCCCAGUCACACAACACUCAACUCUAGCUACGCAGCACCAUGGAUUUCUCAUUAUCUGCAGCACUUGAAAGCGACCCCAAAAAAGAUGAAGGAGCCGUGAAAAAGGAAGGACACGGUGAGGUGAAACAUGACCCUAAACAUGGAAGCCAUGGAGAGGGACACUGCCACGGACACAAGGACCAUAAACAUGGAAGCCACGGAGACAAGGACCAUAAACAUGGAUGCCAUGGAGACAAGGACCAUAAACAUGGAGACAAGGACCAUAAACAUGGAGACAAGGACCAUAAACAUGGAGGGGGGCACUGCCACGGACACAAGGACCAUAAACAUGGAGACAAGGACCAUAAACAUGGAGACAAGGAUGGGCACUCCAAUGACUCUAGUGAUUCCAGCAGCUCCAGUGGAAGUGACUGUGAGGGAAAGCCUCACGGAGAGGGCCACGAACACAAGAAAAAGGAGAAAAAAUUAAACAAGGAAAAGAAACCCAAAGACAAGAAAGAGAAAAAGGAAAAAAAGGAGAAAAAAUAAAUUUUGCCCACUUAAGUAGAUACAUGAUUUGAAUUGCUUUUGGUGUUUACGAAAAUAUCUGUACUUCUCAGUUUCCUGUGUCUAGCGCCCCGUUCAGUACUAUUUCAUUAUUGUCCCUUUAAUUAAGCAUCAUAAAUUUGCAUUUCAAUUUGCUGUGCUGUGUUUGUAUAGUAAAACAUUUGUGUCCCAGCUGAGGGGCUAUUUUUAUCUGCCUGAAAGCAAGCCUGUUUUGCUGAAAAAUAGAUGUAUUUUAAAGAUGCUGCCAACUUGAACAGGAUGUUUGUAUAAAUCAUGUAUUUUAAUAAAUGUGUAUUAAAGUCAUUA